AUGUUUAGUAGUAAUUCAGGAAAUAAAUCUAAAAGAAAGUCAUUUUUCUUCUUCGGAAACGAUGGCAAAUCAACCACUACUAGUCCGUCGCCAUCGAAGACAUCAACUCAUCAUUCGUCACCACAUACAUCUAAACCAAAUAGCUCUAAAAAUACAACAAAUAAGACUAUAUCGUCAAAAAGAACUAGCAGUACAAUAAAAAAUACGAAGAGUCUAUCAAAGGGACCGUUAGAUGUGAAGCCAUUACAGAAUAAUAACCCAUUUAUAGAACAGGAAGAAACACACCAUCAUAAUACGAAAAUUCAAACAGGUCUUCUUACACCAUCAAAUGGUCAACUUAACCUAAAUAAAGUACCGACUGUCGCCAGUAUACCGGAUAAUAUUCCAAGCAAUCCUUUUAAUCCAUUUACCAGUGGUAACGCCAACACAUCUACGGUGAGCCACUCGACAAUGUCUAGGCGACCUCCCCCACCACCACUAAACGUUGAUCUGAUUAAGCAAAAUAUUAGAGAUAAAUCACCAUCUGGUGAUGUACCUUCUUCCAUUCAUGAUCGUCCUGAAUCAUCAGAAAAUGUUCUAUGUAAACCAAUGGAGAAUGUCAACCCAGAAACGGUAACAAACCCAUAUCAACAUCGAAGACAAAGAUCAGAAGCUGAGAAAUUAGUUGAUGAUAUUGAUCAUUAUAUAAUUGAGCAUAAAGAGCUUUCAACAACCCCAGGAGUUGUCGAAAUUCAAUCCACACCAUCAUAUAAAUUAACAGAUAUUGAUCCAGAGAGUGGGCUUGAAUUAAAUUCAUUUAUAGAUUCAUCAAGUGGGGAAAUUAAGCCUGAAGUUUCUCUCCAUAUCGCUAAUGCAGGUGCCAAGGAUGGUUCAUCUUUGGAUCAAAAUGAUCAUUAUGCUGAUGCGGUAUCCUCUGACAUGAAUAAAGGUGCAUAUAAGGAUAAAGAUUCCUUUUCCUUUACGAACUCUUUGAGCUCAAACUCAGUUAGAAGUGUACAGCAUGUUGAGCAUGAGCCUACAGAAAGUGAAUCUCCACAUCAACGUUACAACGAGGUGGAUGAUAACGACUCCCACAUGAGCUUGUUUGAAGACAAUACCUCACAGAGGACGGGAGAUCAAGUCUUAAGAGUCACUAACGCUGCAACCAGCUCAAUCGCUUCAAGUAAUAGGGAUUCCAGUACUAUGAGAAGUCCAAAUAUUAAUUACUCACAUUUUGAUUCUUCUUCAGAUGAGCAUACUAACAGCCAGGCAGAAAUUAUGGUUCCUGAAGAACCACCUAGAAGAUUUAGAAUUGCAAACGAAGAAAAACCUACCUUUUUUGUAAAUGAAGAUGAUAGUACAACUCUUGAUUUUGAAAGUGACAAAGCCCUUGAUACAGUUCCAUCACCUACAAGUUCUUAUAGUGAAAGGAUUAUAUCUAAUUCUAGAGUGAAUAUAUUAGAAAAUACGCUUCAAUUGCCAAAUGAUACUCAAAGUAGUAUCACAGCCAGUACAACUAGUAUUACCAAGAGUUUACACAACCCACCAAAGGUCAAAGAUGGAUCAAUCCAAGCCGAUAUGUAUGGAUCCCCACCAACCAAAUUGGGAAUGAAUAGUCCUAUUUCUAAUGCUGACACUACAGCCGUCUAUAGUACACCAAGUAAGAAGAGCUCCAAAUCAACCUCUGCAGCUACUUCAGUAUUGUCGCCGAAAUCGGAAAGAAAUGUUAGAUUAGUCUCCAGUUAUGUUGAAGAAUUAAGACUAAAAUAUUACAAGACGUCAAACUUCCUACAAGCUCCUCCUAACUUACCGUCCUCCUUAAAGCAGAAAAACAAUUUGAUUCAACCGAAGAAUAUUAAAGUUAGGAUAAGAACAAGUUCAAAACAAAUUGGUAUCAAACACGGAAGGGUGAAGCAGAAAUUAUUGACUUUGGAAACGACUAACGAAGAAGAAGGUGAGAACCAAAAAGAUAAGAUAAAUGUGGAUCAUACUAAAGAAUUCCAUAAAUUGUUAAAUAGAGAAAGUAGUCGUAUCAGAAGAGGGGACAGCGAAAUGGACGACGCUUCAGAAGAUUACUUAAAUGAUAUCCCAGGAGAUGAAGCUUAUGAUAGCGAUGAUGUAAUGGCACCAUUACGAGAGAAGAAGACGGACGCUAAUGCAAAAAACAUUUCAAGGAGCAAUACCGUGGUAAGUUACUAUACCAAGAAGCAAAAUAGGUUAAGAAGCGGUACUGUUGAUAUUGAUUACUUAUCCAAUCGGGAACUACCGACUGGAAUAUCUAUAUCUGACUACAAAGAAAACGAUAUGAUGGACCCACAAAGAUCUAGCUCCAUCAAUAGUGAGAAAUCGGACUUAACCAAUCUAAAUUUCUCAUUUGGCACCAGCUUACAUGUUGCAAAUCCUGAUUCUGAUUGA